AAGGCUGCCCUGCAAGUGGGGCUACAAGACGAUAAAAGGGCUUCCUCAGCCCCAAACCGGAGGAUAGGGGAGCCAGUAAACUCAGCCAUGUUUUGCGGAAAAUGGAAAAAGUCCCGCUUGGAAAGUUAUCACCACCACCAGCAGCUUUCUGCCCCUCAUCAUGGAGGAACUACCAAAUCCUCGGGGCACCGCACGUUCAAAAAAUUGGGUUUGACAGAUGAUGAAGAUGUUAAAGUGAUGCUGCAGGGAACCUUUUUCUGGAAAGUCAAGACUUAUCAACCCCAGAAACAAAGGCUGUUCCAGCUUCUUGAAGAUGGGAUGUCUAUCUGGUUUGAGACUCGCUUUAAAAAGGCCCGCUCCAAACAUAUUUUCUCCAUCCUCCAUGUUGAAAGUGUACGUGAAGGUUACCAAUCUGAGGGACUUCGGAAAUUUGGUGGUUCUUUUGCAGAAGAGCAGUGCUUCACUAUAGUCUUCAAGGGGAAACGGAAAAACCUGGAUUUGGCUGCUCGGACUGGGACUGAAGCCCAGCAGUGGGUGAGGGGACUCACAAAACUGAUGGUCAGAUGUGAAGCCAUGAACCAGCAAGAAAAGCUUGAGCACUGGAUCCAUGGCAUCUUACAUGAAGCCGACAAGAACAACGACAAUAAGAUGAGUUUCAAAGAGAUCAAAAACAUGUUACGAAUAGUAAACAUAGAUAUGAAUGACAUCUAUGCUUAUCAGCUCUUUAAGGAAUGUGACAAAUCAAACAAUGACCGCUUGGAAGAAUAUGAGAUUGAGGAGUUCUGUACACGACUAAUGAAACGGCCUGAGCUGGAGGACAUCUUCCACCAAUAUUCAGGCGAGGACUGUGUACUUUCUGCUGAGGAACUGCAGGACUUUUUGCAUGACCAGGGUGAAGAAAUAAGCUUGCAACAAGCUCAGCAUAUCAUUCAGACGUAUGAGCUCAAUGAAAAAGCCAGGCAACACAAUCUCAUGAUGCUGGAUGGUUUCACAAUGUACUUACUAUCUUCAGCGGGAAACAUCCUCAACCAGGCCCAUGCCGGGAUCUAUCAGGAUAUGAGCCAGCCUUUAUGCCAUUACUUCAUCUCUUCCUCCCAUAAUACCUACCUAACAGACAAUCAGAUUGGAGGGGCCAGUAGCACUGAGGCAUAUGUUCGGGCAUUAAUGAAGGGGUGCCGUUGCGUGGAACUGGACUGCUGGGAAGGUUCUAAUGGAGAGCCCAUUAUCUACCAUGGCCAUACUCUUACAUCCAAGAUCCUCUUCCGGGAUGUAAUUGAAAGCAUCCGGGACCAUGCCUUCAAGCACUCUUCAUAUCCUGUGAUUCUUUCUCUGGAAAACCACUGUGGCCUGGAGCAGCAGUCUACAAUGGCCCAUCACCUGAAAACCAUUCUAGGGGACAUGCUGUUGAUCCAGCCACUGGAUGGAGACCUAUCCAAGCAACUGCCAUCACCAGAGCAAUUGAAGGGGAAAAUAUUAGUGAAGGGGAAAAAGCUAUCAGAGAACAAGACUGAACCAAGAGUUUACUUGAUCUCCAAUCGUGAGGAAGAAAUGCAGGAGGAAGAAGACCAGAGGUUUUCAUCUUCUCUCCAGGAAAUCAGAUCUCUCCAGGCAAAGGAUGUAGUGCAGAUUUCGCGAGAACUCUCUGAUGUGGUUGUAUAUUGCCGGGCUGUUCCAUUCCAAAGCCUGUCUGAUGCCCUGCUCCACCAGAAACCUACAGAGAUGUCAUCAUUCAGUGAGCGGAAAGCCAGGAAGCUGAUCAAAGAUUCAGGAAACUAUUUUGUCCGAUACAACACCCGUUACCUCAGCCGUAUCUACCCACUGGGUCUGAAGAUGAACUCCUCCAACUACAACCCUCAGGAGAUGUGGAAUGUCGGCUGCCAGAUUGUGGCACUGAAUUUCCAGACACCGGGUUCUGAGAUGGAUUUGAAUGAUGGGCGCUUUUUGGUGAAUGGUCGCUGUGGCUAUGUGCUGAAACCUGCUUUCUUAUGCAAUAACCACAGUAAUUUUGACCCCAAGGUUCCCAUUCAUAGGAGUGGGCAGCACCCUAUUGCCCUCACCAUCAAGGUGAUUACGGCUCAGCAACUUCCCAAACUAAAUAAAGAGAAGAGUUCUUCUAUUGUUGAUCCUUUUGUACGGAUUGAGAUUCAUGGAAUUCCUGCAGACUGCUGCAAGAAACAAACUGAAUACCGGUUAAAUAAUGGAUUCAACCCAUGUUGGAAUGAGACAUUGAUGUUUCAGAUACAAGUUCCAGACCUGGCACUGGUGCGCUUUGUAGUAGAGGAUUAUGAUACAACUUCCUCCAAUGACUUUGUGGGACAAUUUACAUUGCCAUUGCCCAGCAUUAGGGAAGGCUACCGGCAUAUCCAUUUGCUUUCCAGGGAUGGUACAUCCCUAUCUCCAGCUACACUUUUUGUACAUGUUAGAUGCAAGAAGAUGUGAAAGCUAUAAUAAAGGUUCGAUUUGGAAAAUGUGAAAGUGGAUUGAGAAGGUCCAAUCAGCCCUCAGAAGAAUGGAUGAACAGCUGUACUAAUUCAGGAUGCCACCUGCUAUUAAAUCAAGUGAGUUCGGAGCCACAGAGAGGAACCAAAAUGUUGCAGCCAGAAGAGCCAGGCUGAGAGAACAGCGUGGUGUCAAUCCUCACUUGAAUAUCCAAGCUAUUUUAUUAGAGUCAUAAUUUAAGAUUCUUUGUGUAGUUGAAGCUAAAAGCUAUGCAGCCUAAAGACUCCUAGAAUGCUUUCCCAUUUUUUCUGAGUAAAUAUUCCAUCUUAUUCUCUUCUUUGCAGUGGCCUGCAAAAAAUAUACACUGGGGGUAGGGAAUUUUUUGUAUUAUUUCUUUGUAAGUCACAAUAGAAGCCCAAUGAAAAGAUGUUAUGUGAUAUCUUGCAAACUUGGGAUAGGUCCAUUGAAAUCUAAGGAUGUGAGAUAGAUUGACUUGUGACCAAGAUUAAUGAGUGAAGGUGGUGUGAUCUUUGUUGCAAAGGCCUAAGAGAAUGAAAUGUGACCCAUAAAUUGAACUGAGGAAUUUGAGUUAGCACAACUGAUUUGGAAUCUGGUUGAGUAUAUAUGCACUUUGACAGGCCAAAAUGGAGACUGGGCACGAAAUUUAGAUCUUUAUUUGUUUAGGAAACAGUCUACUACAUAUAGCCUAUAACUUUUAAGACAGAAGAUUGUAGAAUUUAAUUAGAACCCCAGGAGUAUCAUAGAUAUAUGAAAAUUCAGCACUUCACUUCAUCUACUUGGUUAGCUUUUCCUGAUACUCCAGGACAAUUUAAAUGAGAUUUAAAUACUAACUGACAAAUUAGUAUUAACUUGCUAUUCAAGUUAAUCUUUAUUCUAGACAAACACUAAUAAUUAUUCUUAAGUUUAUUUUGAUACAUCACAUAGAUUGAUAUGAGGAAAAUGAGUACUCCUACAUAUUCUCAAGACUCAUUUGUGGAGAAAUGUACUUUUAGAAAUUAGAUUUGAAGCAGUGCACUAUUUUUCCCUUAUAACUUUUCAUUGUAAACUAUAAAAAAAUCACAAGAGCAUUAAGGAUGAAAUUAUUUUUGCUAUAUUGUUUCUCUUGGUGAAUUUGAAAUAACACUAUAUAGCUUUAGAGCAUUUAAUCUUUCGGUACAAAUUAAAAUCAGCUGUUGGCAGCUAGUGGAUGUUUUGGCAAUUGCUAGUUAAGCUGUCACAAUGCAUCUCAAAGGAUUUUAUACUAUAGUCUUACAUUAUUCUACUUCUACUGGAAGUCAUCAAGUUAAUCACUGCCUCUCAAUAUUACCUUUUACAAGAUUGUUCUUAUGAGGCACACACACACACACACACACACACACACACACACAAGCUGUUUUGAGUUAUUAGAGGAAAAUCAGUCUAUAACAAUAAUUUAGCGAGGUUUUGUUCAAGAGAGCAAUUACAAGGGUAUAGUUUUAAUUGAGGUGGUUUUUUUUACCCUUUACUGCAGUUUGGAUUAGAUGGAAGAUAAAUCCGUUGGAAAAUUUUAGUAUGCACCCAUGCUUAAGCUAUGUACCAUAGCUUCACAGUAAAUAUUAAGGUGUCAUAAAAGAAAAAGAGUAAUAACUCAUUUAGUGUGGUUUUUUUCAUAGCAUUUCAGGUAGCAUAUUUUACUUAUGAACAUUUUCAACAAAGCUUCAAGUAAAAUUCUUUAAUGAUAGUUAAAGUCUCUGACUAUGCUCAGAUUUUUAGCAAAAACACCAGACACCAUCAAGAUGUCUGUUUGGCUGCUGCUCCUAUUUCACUUUUGGCUCAGCAGAUUCUCCUUUGCAAACCCCGCCCCCCUUUCUGAUUUUUCUAGGCAGAUUUCCAAACUAUGACCAUUUCCUUCCUAUGUUCCUACUUACAACUAGAUUCACUUCAUGAAGCAGCAGCUGCUUACUCUCUUCUAUUUCUGGAUAGCAGAAAGCUUGUUUACUACAGCACUUUAGAUCUGUACUCUCAUUUGGGAGAUAGAUAUUCUCUUUUAACUUGGGGUAGAAAAUCUGAGACAUCAGUCCUGACACAGCAAGGAAGAGCAAGGCUAUAAAAUUGGUCUAGAUCUAUUGUUAGACAAGUUCAAACUUCUCUUUUGAGUCUGAUUUAGGCUGCUAUCAGAAGCGUAAGGAUCAGGUUUCCAUAUUUUUCUCCUAUAGUAUUUGUAAAAAUAAAUAAUGGGCAUAUCCUUACCUUAUGGAAUAGUGUGAGGAUGACUAACCAAUGUCUGGUCAUGCAGCAUGCAUUUCAAUCUCUUGGCAACAAUACAGCAUGCAAGACAACAUAGGGCAACAGGAAGGGGGUUUGAAUAGUAGCUACACAUAACUUAUAAAACAGAAACCCAUUACUGCAGUUUUCAAAAAUUAGUCUAAAUUGGCCUCCCACCCAAGAAGCAGUGUGAGAUUGGCCUUGAGUCAAAUUCCAACUUUACUUUAAAACAGUGUGACUUUAUGAAACAGGGUUCAAAUGUGGAUGGAGAAGCAAACUACCCAUAUUUCUUGAGAUUUUCAGAAGAAAGUGGAUUAUAAGUUUAAAAAUUAAUAAAGUUUUUUUCCUGGACAUUCUAGAUUUUCCUACAUAGAUUGUGACAAAGUGAUCAGAUCAAAUUCAGAAAUGAUUUAAAUACUUGAAACAUUAUGUUUGCUGUAUAUCUUUAAUCCUGUAUGUUCUAUGAUGUGUAGCACUAGAUAAAGUUCACUUUUGAAUUUAGCACAUUUUUGCUGGAGCCUAUUUAAACUGAAUGCAAUUUACAAAUCUAGACCUGGCCUCUCUAUGCACAGAAGUUUCUCAGAAAUACUGACAUGUGUUCAUGUCCUACCCCUCUUUUCCAAUGAAAAAAGGACCCCUAUGAGUCUUUUUGUAAUUAUCUAUGUAUUAAUGAGACUUUUGUUUGUAAUGUAUUUAAUAAGUAAAAGGAUUUAGUCAGAGAAAUAUUUAAGUUCCAUGGAACACCCGAACAAGAAAAAGAAUAAAGUUGUAAUUGCUAUGAUGAA